CCAGUGCAACAGUGCAGCUAGAAAGAACAGACCAAGAAAGUACAGUGUAGUGCAAUUUAUGUGGAAAAAAAAACAGAUCUGACAUAAGAUAACAAGGUUAGGUUCUCGAAGUCAGUGACGUAAAGUGACGUCGAUUUGACAGUGCAACAUAAAUAAUUUAAUGGUGUGUUUAUGUGUUUAAUACUUCUUUCGUGAUUUAUUUGAAAAAAAUGGAAGUCAAAACAAAGAGUGAACAUUUGCUAGCUUUGAAAGUAAUGAGAUUGACACGACCUACCCUAGCGAGUCCUACAGUUGUUACUUGUGAUUCUACAGAUUUGCCAGGCAAUACAUUAAACAAUGAACUUAAAAACGAUUGCACAACAUUGCAAGGCAUGGAGGCACUUGCUAUAGGCCAAUUUAUGGUACUGCCUCAAAGCUUUGGAAAUAUCUAUUUAGGAGAGAUAUUCUCCAGUUAUCUAUGUGUUCAUAAUGGCAGUAAUCAAGUGGUAAAAAAUGUUACUGUGAAAGCUGAUUUACAAACAAGUACGCAAGUAAUUCCACUCUCUAGCAAUAACCUAGAGGGAAAAGAAUUAGCACCUGAUAGUACAGUGGAUGAAGUUAUUCACCAUGAGGUUAAAGAAAUAGGUACACAUAUAUUAGUUUGUGAAGUGUCUUAUACAAAUCAAAUUGGACCUCCUCUAUCAUUCAGGAAAUAUUUCAAGUUUCAAGUAGUUAAACCACUGGAUGUAAAGACCAAAUUUUAUAAUGCAGAGUCAGAUGAGAUCUAUCUAGAAGCACAAAUACAAAAUUUAACAGCUGGGCCAAUUUGUUUAGAAAAGGUUGCCCUUGAAUCAUCUCAUUUAUUUAGUGUAACUACAUUAAAUACAAAUGACGAGGGAAACUCUAUUUAUGGAAGUGUAAAUCUAUUAGAUACAGGUUGUAGUAGACAAUAUCUGUACUGUUUAAAGCCACAAUCGAGUUUGUUAAAAGAUCUAAAAAUGAUGCAAAAUGCCACAAAUAUUGGCAAAUUGGAUAUUGUGUGGAGGAGCAAUUUAGGAGAAAGAGGAAGAUUGCAAACGAGUCAACUGCAGAGAAUGGCCCCUGAAUAUGAAGAUCUGAGAGUUAUUGUAAAGGAUAUUCCUUUGAAGGCUUAUCUUGAAGAACCAGUUAAUUGCACAUGCCAUAUAAUAAAUACAUCAGAAAGAAGUAUGGAAUUAUUAUUAAGCUUAGAGUCAAAUAAUUCCAUAGCUUGGUGCGGGAUGUCUGACAUAACAAUUGGUACUUUGAAACCUGGAGCUUCCAUGGAUAUACCUCUUUGUUUCAUUACACUAGAUACAGGCAUUAUUACCAUUUCUGGUUUAAAACUUACGGACACAUUUCUGAAAAGAGUCUAUGACUAUGACGAUCUAGCACAAAUUUUUGUUAAUCAAUUGGAUUAAAAAAUAUGUAUAUGUAGCACUUUUAUCAACAUUUAUUAUUUAUAAAAAUUACAGCAAGAUAUAUUGUUAUGUAAAAAUGAAUGUAAUGUUAAUGGAUGUAUGUUACAGUUUACUCUUAAAAAAAUGACAAUGUUUAUAAAUA